GCAGCUGCGGCCCCCGUGGCGCCUUUGCUCCUGCCAUGUGGCUGCCGCCGGCCGUCGCCCUCCUGGUGCUGGGGGCUCCCCUGGCGCUGGCCGGCACGAGCUGCCUGGGGCACCUGGACGAGAACCACGCCUGGCGCCCGGGGUUUAGCUGCCCGCCCUUCGCCUUCUGCUGCGGGACCUGCCACCGUCGGUUCUGCUGCAGGGACGCGAGCCUGGCCAUCUCCGAGUCUCAGCAGAGGCACUGCCUGCGCUUCAGUCACAAGGUGAUAGCAGGCGUCGCCUCAGCCCUGAUCCUCUUUGUGGCCACGGCCGCCACCGCGCUCUGCUGCUUCUUCUGCACCUGCCGCUACCUGUCCCGCAGGCGGCGGCGGCUGCUGAGCCCCUUCGCAGGCCCGGAGAUUCCGCUGACAGGCUACCUGGUGCAGCCUGUGUCCCUGCACCCCCGGGGCCCCGGGGCCCCGCCGCCCGGCGUCGCGGGGACUCCCCAGCACCCUCUCCACCCUGCAGCUCUGCCGCCGCAAGUGCAGCCGCAGCCCGCCUUCCCCGGAGCCUGAGGCACCCGUGCUCCCUGCUGUCCCUCCAUGGAUGCCCCUCCUGGCUCGGAGUCUGGCUCGUCAGGCUCCCGACCGAGCCGCGCCCUGGGCCUGCAAGGGACUGCGCCCCAGGGAAGUGGGUGGAGCGGGGCUGCAGCUUGGCCAUGAAUGGAGGCAGGGGCGGGGGCCCGGGGCGCUGCCCUGAGUUA